AUCCUGGAAAUUAUUAUCUAAGUGGCACAUCUAUCUUUUGCUCCUCUCUAUAGGUAUGUGCUUUAGCCCUGAUUGUCUAAUUUAAUACUAAAAGAGAAAGAGAUUCGUCUUGCUUAUGUGCUUGCUUAUUGGAUUGAGUGCGCGGUAGAUGCUUCUGACCGAACCGCUCUUUGCUUCACCAAAGAUGCUGUUUUAUUCCUAUAGUAAUUUGUGUUAUGGUACAUCUGAUCGAUCGGAUUGUUUCUUGUAUGCAUUAUUUGAGCACACUUAAACUAAAACUUAUUUUUAGCGGAAAUCAGUCAAUUUCCCAUUUCCCAGUACCCCUUCUUCUCGGCCAACAGACCUCCGCGAACGGCGACUCCUCUGCAGCCGCAGCCCCUCCCUUCGACGUUGUUCGAACUCCACUGCAGCAACCCCCUUGUGCGGCGUUCCCCCGGCGUGGUGGCGACCAGACCUUCGACGCUCAAGCUGCACCCGGAGAAUGAUUUCCGUUUGCUCAGUUAGAGCAAUUCAAGCUGCACCUUCUAUUCAGCUGUUUUUCCCUCGGAACCGUGGAAGAAUCACUUCUAACGUUCAUCGAAUAGCCACCAAUCACUCCACUAGAUGCUCGGAUUACGAUGAAUGUGGUGAAGCUCACUCCGAACGGAUAACCAAUUACGCCGGAAUGAGGCUUGAAGAGAUCGUGGACGUAAACUCCGGAAAAAUUCGUCUGGAUUCUUGGAUAUCUUGCCGUAUUAACGGCAUUAGUAGGGCUCGUGUGCAGUCAAGUAUUAGGGCGGGACUAGUUACAGUCAAUGGCCGAGUUAUCGAUAAGGUUUCUCAUAAUAUAAAAGCUGGGGAUAUGAUCAAUUGUACAAUUUCCGAGUUGCAACCGUUAAGAGCCAAACCCGAAGAUAUUGAUUUGGAUAUAGUUUAUGAAGAUGAACAUGUUUUAGUUGUAAACAAACCUGCGCAUAUGGUUGUUCAUCCAGCACCUGGGAAUGCAACAGGAACACUAGUAAAUGCGAUUCUUAACCACUGCAGUCUUCCAAUGGUUGCAACAUCAAAUGGGGAACUGUCGGAUAUGGAUAUUUCUGAUGAUGAGUUCAGUUCCAAUGAGAUUUUAUCUUCUAGAGCUUCUGAGGCACCUAUUCGUCCCGGCAUUGUGCAUAGGUUGGAUAAAGGCACUAGUGGAUUGCUUGUUGUUGCCAAGGAUGAACAUUCCCAUGCUCACUUAUCUGCUCAAUUCAAGCAACACUCUAUUGAGAGAGUUUAUAUCAGUCUCACAUGUGGAGUUCCACCCUCAACUGCUGGACGUAUUGAGGUACCAAUUUGCCGUGAUCCAAACAAUCGUAUUCGCAUGAGUGCAGUACUGAGAACAAAUAAAAAUCCACAUGCAAAGUAUGCUGCUAGUAGGUACAAGGUUAUUGAAAUUUUAGCUCAAGGAGGUUCUUCAUUGGUUGAGUGGAGAUUAGAAACAGGCCGCACCCAUCAGAUCAGAGCACAUGCAAAGUAUAUGGGAAUACCCUUACUUGGAGACGAGGUCUAUGGAGGGACCAAGAGCAUGGCCUUGUCACUUCUGCGGACUAGAACAUCAUCUAGUUGUCACAGCCAACUUAUGCAACUUGUUUCUGCAUUAGAGAGGCCUUGCCUUCAUGCUUUGACACUUGGGUUUAUACAUCCAUACACGGGGGAGAACAUACGAUUUUCAUGCCCACCUCCAACAGAUUUUGCUGAUAUCUAUAGUCAGCUUUGUGAAAUUGGCACUAAAAAGGUUACCGAAUCUUAAUUGGGAUCCUUCAAUAUGUGGCACGUACUCACAUUGUCAAAGGACUCAAACCGGAAAGACUGUACAGUAUGAACAGAGAGUCUCCCUAAAGCUCUAUAUCUCGAUAUUGAAAUCGAGAUGAAGCAGCAGCAACAAUGGCACAAGCAUUUGAAACCCUCAAAGCACAUCCGGUAUGCUCGAAGGUGCUUCUCCGGUCGAAGGAAUCAUUGCUGGUGUUGAACAUUCGCCUGCUUGCCAUGUGCAAUGGAACCUCAUGUUUCACUUAACAUUCAUGGUAAGCAACUAUUGCAAAUUUGCAAUUAAUCCAUAGGAACGUGGUUGAAGAUUCAUCAUCAUUCAAUUACAAAUAUACUUGAAAGACAUCAUUUCAGUAAAAUAGAGACUACCCUGAGUGAACUCACAUUGAAGAAGAGGGCGAUCUCCUCUCUGUUAGAUUGUUUAUCUGAUUUCAAAAAAAUUAUGUGAUUUUUUAAAAAUUAUUUAUUGAAAUGAAUUUGAAUACUUAUUUCAAUGUUCUAUUUUUUAUUUUUAUUUUUUGCAUUAUUUGGUGUAUGAAUGAAAGAUUGUUAAAU